CUUCUUCCUUCCAUUGGUAAUAAGUGAACAUAGAAAUAAAUGACUUAAAUACAGUGACGAAAUGGUAAUUUGGAUACGUGUCGCAACGGCUGCAAGCGCCACUGUUUCAACUAUUCGCUCGGUUUUUCUACUGAUUCAAAUCUGGAAGACGAAAGUUACGGGAACGGGAAAAGACUUCGAUAUUUACUACGUGCCGUUGCUGGUCAUAAACUGCUACGGUUCUCUUGCUUUCUGGCGGAUCGCUUUUGAUUUUGGCGACAGCGAUUCGAACACACAAAUACUUAGUGCGAACUGUUACCCCAGUGUGCUUAUUUUCGUCGCUUCUACAGUGGGCGCUUGUUACCUUCAGAUAGCAAUCAACUGGCUUGAAGUAGCGGUCAAUGGAAAACAGCUCAUUCUGAACGUUCGUCACGAUAAGAUCCUGGGCUUCUUCCUGUUCAUCAGUUCGGUCGAAAUGACCAUCAGUUUCGCUUUUAACCAAAUCUACCCUGAGAACGCCUUGAAAUGCGAAUUCGGACAAAUGCUACCGAUGAACAACGUACUUGUGUGGAAAUCAAUGGCAUUUUUUGGGGCAUCAUUCGUAAUUUUCAUAAUCUCCAUCAUUUCCGCUUACUUCACGCGUUUAGACGUGAUCAAGAAUAGAGUUCACGUGUCUUCAGAUCCCCAAACAGUGAACAUUAUUAAGGAUUUCACACCUUUGCUGAGAGAGUGCUCCUUAGGUGCAGGCCUCUGUUUAACCCAUCUGGUAAAAAGAUCUUCCCUUCUUAUGACUACCGAUAUCGAAACAUUGGAGCUAGUUAACUACUGUUCAUUUAUAAUUAUGUUCUUAACUUUCACUUGCUAUCGAUUUUAGCUGCCACGAAAUCAAACAAAGUGGAAAAAGAAGACUUAUAUACAAACGAAAAGAUCCAAAAGAAAGGUUGCGCUACGUCAAACUUCAUUUUUUGAUGUCUAAAUGCUGCCUUUUGUGUAAAAACCAUAUCUAUUUUGCUAAUUAGUUAGUAUUAUGAUUGUUCCGAACACAAACUGCAAGGUAACUCUCGCUUCAA